CCGGUGCCAUGAUUUCCUGCUUCCGCGUCGAUUUGCCUCCGUGUUUUCCCAUCAUCCUCGGCUAGAUCUCUUGGGGAGAGGGGGCGGACCUCCCCGAGGGAUCGGGCUUUUUUUCUCGUUGCUACGAUCUCUCCGCAUCGGCGGCACUCCGGCGGUUGGGUUUCCUCGGUGGCGUCCUCUUGUUUUUGUGCUUGCAAGCUUUCCCGGUAGCUGCCUGACCACAAGCCCUCUGCACAUCUGCAAUUAUCCAGCUGAACAGCAAAACCUCCUGCCCCACAUUUAUAGCAUUCCACGCUGUCUCCACUCAGUGGAGAGAUGGAGCUCCGGACUUUGCUAGAGACCGUAGAAAGUGGGGAACAAGACACGGUCCUCAAGGUGCUGCAGAUCUAUAACAAGGAGAAAUCGCAAUGUUUUACAUUUGAAGAUGAGGAACAGGAAGAAAGGAAGAAACUGGCCACACUUUUGAUCAAGUUCUUGGAGAGGGAGCUCCAACCAUCAUGCCAGGUCACAUGUUUGGAAAGCAUCCGAAUCUUAUCCCGGGACAAAAACUGCCUUGGCCCUUUCUCAACUAUGGAAGGCCUGAAGACACUAGCCAGGCACGCUGGGAUUGACUACACGGAAGAUCCCAUUCGAGAGAUCCCAGACCUGGAUGUGAUCCUGGAGGCACUGAAGUGCUUGUGUAACAUUGUUUUCAGCAGCCCUCAAGCUCAGGAGCUGACCUCUAAAGCCCGGCUCGUGGUGGGCCUCACGGAUCGCAUCAAACUUUACAACGAGAGGAACCUCCCUCACGACAUAAAAUUCUUUGAUUUGCGUCUCCUUUUCUUGCUGACGGCACUCCGGCUGGACAUCCGGCAGCAGCUGGCACAGGAACUGCGGGGUAUUGGCCUGAUGACAGAUACUCUGGAACUUACACUGGGAGUGAAGUGGAUAGACCCCCAUGAGGUUGUUGCUGCAGAGGACCCAUCCCUGCCUUUACCUCGUCAGGAGGCAGAGCGUGCCAUGGAGAUCCUGAAAAUCCUGUUCAACAUCACUUUUGAUACCAACAAGAGAGAAGUGGAUGAGGAAGAUGCUGCUCUAUACCGACGCCUCGGUGCUCUCCUCCGUCACUGCCUGAUGAUUUCAGCAGAUGGUGAGGAUCGGACAGAAGAAUUUCAUAGCCACACAGUCAACCUCCUAGGCAAUCUGCCUCUCAAAUGUCUGGAUGUCUUGCUGGCCCCCAAGGUGCAUCCAGGGUCACUGGAAUAUAUGGGAGUUAACAUGGAUGCUGUCAAUGUUCUUCUGGAUUUCCUUGACCGACGUCUUGAUAGGGGUCACAAACUUAAGGAGAGUCUGACCCCUGUGCUGAGUUUACUGACUGAGAGUGCCCGUGUCCAUCGUCAGACGAGGAAGUUCCUUAAAGCUAAGGUCCUCCCUCCACUGCGAGAUGUGAAAAAUAGACCAGAGGUGGGGAAUUUGCUGAGGAAUAAACUUGUGCGCCUCAUGACUCACAUUGACACGGACGUGAAGCACUGUGCUGCUGAGUUCCUCUUUGUUCUCUGCAAGGAGAGUGUGUCCCGGUUUGUGAAGUACACAGGAUAUGGUAAUGCUGCUGGGCUCCUGGCAGCACGAGGUCUCAUGGCUGGAGGUCGGACAGAAGGAGAAUACUCUGAAGAUGAAGACACCGAUACAGAGGAGUAUAAGGAAGCAAAACCCAAUAUUAAUCCUAUAACUGGACGUGUAGAAGAGAAACUUCCCAACCCAAUGGAGGGGAUGACAGAUGAGCAGAAAGAGUUUGAAGCAAUGAAAUUGGUGAACAUGUUUGACAAACUCUCCAGACAGCAGGUCAUCCAGCCUAUGGGAAUGGGUCCAGAUGGCACGUUAACAUCUAUGGAUGAAGCUGUUCAUCAGAUGGCUGAAGAGAGGUUAUCAUCUGAUUCUGACUUGGAAUUAGACUAACAGAGCCUGUCUUGUUCCUCUGAAACCUGUGGGCCCUCUAUUCUCCCUCCAUAACAGGUGCUGUGUCGGAAGAUCAGUCCCAGAAAGGACUCUAUAUGGACUAGAUUCCCACACCCAGACAGGUAUAAUACCUGAUUCUUCACUAGCACUAUGACACUCUUACCCUUGAGAGCUUUGGACAACUUGGCUCUCUCCUGCUCUCUUUAUCCCUCAGUAUCCCUGAGCGCUUCAUGCUUGGAAUCUUUCCAAGGUCUUCCCAGUGUAUUUGAUGUAGACUGGGAAGGAGGGAGAAGGGAAGACAAUCUCUGUAUGUAUCAAAAGGACAUCAGCAGCAUAUGGAGCAUUGGGAGUGCAUGUGUGCAAGCUACCUGCAUGGAAAGAAAGUGUGGUAUACAUGCAUCUAUGCAUGCUUGCAGUGGAGGGUGUGAAUGGAUACUUGUGCCAAGCACAUAAUGUAGCAACCAGGCUGUGUGGUGAUAUUUCAGAACACAUGAAUAUUCUGGAGAACUGUGAAUGUAUACUUGCAGAUGAUAUGUUUGGAACAUAUUAUAGGAAUGUGCAAAGAAAGAGAAGCUUGCAUUUUUUCCACAUGUGAUGUGUGAAACUGUACCACUGAAUGCAUUUAUUUGGAAAGUCAGUGGUGAACAAAUUUAUUUUAAGCAGUUCCCCUUAAGACACAUUACAGAUGGAAACAUGCGGGUAAAAAAAGUGUGCAUAUGGUUGAAUUUGUGUGUGUGUGUGUGUACAAACACAUCUGUACAUAUACAUAAGGUAGAUGACAGGAAUCUGUUUAUCUGAACAGUAGAGAUAUGUGAAAAUCUCUGGAUCUUUCUCUCGUCACACUGACAUACAUGUUGAUAUUUGAUUAUCUGGAGCUGGAAGGACGCUGAUUCCUAUAUAGUCUGACACUGUAUGGUGUCCUCUCUUUCAUGUUUAGUCUUAUAUCAUUGCUUUUUGUGCUUUCAGAACAAAAGGCAGUGGGCAGUUGCUUACUCGCAUUUCAAAGUAUCUGCUUCUAUUCCCAUUCUUCCAUAGCAUUUGGCAUUCAAAGUUUGCUCUCAAGCAUCUUUGUCUUUUACCUUAAUUUUAGAUUUUUCUGCUCAACAAAGCAGCUCAUAUCUUAGCUUGUUUCCACUAUCAACAAUUUCUGAACUUAGCACCAAUGUAAAUGAAAGAUUUUCAGUAGAAUAAAGAAAACCUUCUGAUGAUAA